AUGCUAGGAGCAAAGGAAAAACUGCCUAGAGUUAGUAAAAUGGCUAAAUCUAAGAACCAUACCGCUCAUAACCAAUCUAGAAAGGCUCACAGAAACGGUAUCAAGAAGCCAAAGACUUACAAAUACCCAUCUUUAAAGGGUGUUGAUCCAAAGUUCAAGAGAAACCACAAGCACGCUUUACACGGUACUGCUAAAGCUUUAGCUGCCAAGAGAGCUGCUGCUAAGAACUAA